CCGCUCCCGCCCGCAGCUCGGCGCCCGGGGCCCGGACCCCGACCGCGGCCGCGAGAUGUCGCCGAGCCCCGCGCUGGUGCUGCUGCUGCCGCCGCUGCUGCUGGGGGCGCUCCCGCCGGCCGCUGCCGCGCGAGGGCCCCCAAGAAUGGCAGACAAAGUGGCCCCGCGGCAGGUGGCUCGGCUAGGCCGCACUGUGCGGCUGCAGUGCCCGGUGGAGGGAGACCCGCCGCCCCUGACCAUGUGGACCAAGGACGGCCGCACCAUCCACGGCGGCUGGAGCCGCUUCCGUGUGCUGCCACAGGGGCUGAAGGUGAAGGCAGUGGAGGCGGAGGACGCAGGCGUGUACGUGUGCAAGGCCACCAAUGGCUUUGGCAGCCUCAGUGUCAACUACACCCUUAUCGUGAUGGAUGACGUCAGCCCUGGGAAGCAGAUCCCAGGGCCCGGCAGCUCCUCGGGGGACAAGGAGGACCCAGCUGGCCAGCAGUGGGCUCGUCCUCGCUUCACACAGCCGGCUAAGAUGCGGCGCCGGGUGAUUGCACGGCCUGUGGGAAGUUCUGUGCGGCUCAAGUGUGUCGCCAGUGGGCACCCACGGCCCGACAUCACGUGGAUGAAGGAUGACCAAGCCCUGACACGCCCAGAGGCUGGUGAGCACAGGAAGAGGUGGACCCUGAGCCUGAAGAACCUGCGGCCUGAGGACAGCGGCAAAUAUACCUGUCGCGUGUCAAACCGGGCAGGAGCAAUCAAUGCCACCUACAAAGUGGACGUGAUCCAGCGGACGCGCUCCAAGCCCGUGCUCACCGGCACGCACCCCGUGAACACAACGGUGGACUUUGGGGGCACGACAUCCUUCCAGUGCAAGGUGCGCAGUGAUGUGAAGCCGGUGAUCCAGUGGCUGAAGCGGGUGGAGUACGGCGCCGAGGGCCGCCACAACUCCACCAUCGAUGUGGGUGGCCAGAAGUUCGUGGUGCUGCCCACGGGUGACGUGUGGUCGCGGCCCGACGGCUCCUACCUCAACAAGCUGCUCAUCUCGCGUGCCCGCCAGGACGACGCGGGCAUGUACAUCUGCCUGGGCGCCAACACCAUGGGCUACAGCUUCCGCAGUGCCUUCCUCACUGUGCUGCCAGACCCCAAACCACCAGGGCCCCCUGUGGCUCCCUCGUCCUCCACCACCAGCCUGCCGUGGCCCGUGGUUAUCGGCAUUCCGGCCGGCGCUGUCUUCAUCCUGGGCACUGUGCUGCUGUGGCUCUGCCAGGCCAAGAAGAAGCCCUGUGCGCCCAUGUCCACCCCGCCUGUACCCAGCCACCGCCCGCCAGCCCUGUCCCGGGACCGCAGUGGUGACAAGGACUUGCCUGCGCUGGCCGUGGGGCUGUGUGAGGAGCAUGCACUGGGCUCGGGCUCAGCAGCUGGCCCCAAGCUGUACCCCAAGCUGUACACGGAUGUGCACACGCACACGCACUCACACACACACUCACAUGUGGAGGGCAAGGUGCACCAGCACCAGCAUGUCCACUACCAGUGCUAGACACAGUGGGCAUGGCGACAGGCCAGGAAGCCGGUGGGGAGGCGGCAGCCAGCACCCUGCGCGAGACGCAUGCCUACUGGCUGGG